GUGUCCGUCAAGUGUCACAGCCGUUGCUCGUCUCCUUAGUCUUGUAACAUAAAAUCGGUGAUUUAAUUAGGAAUAAACGCAUUUUAUUCUAAAAUUUGUGAAACGUUAAGCAAUAAUGACCGACAAGAAAGCAUACCCGGUGACACCUCAUCCACCGACAGGUUUCGUUCCUGCACCGGCGCAACCGGCUACCUACGGUGGUACACUUGCAGGUGCCGCACCGUAUGGAGUGUUUCCUAAUCAGCCUCAACUGUACGCGGCGCAAGGUCCACCACCGCCGACCUACGAUCAGACCCUGACUCAUCCCAUGAUGUAUCAACCGAUGUACGGGCAAGGAUAUCCGGGUUACUUGGCGGGAUCAUGUUAUCCCGCGUACGGGCCGCUGCAAUACUAUCCGCCGUUGGCCGCAGCUGCAGCCUAUUAUCCUGCGGCCGCCAUGCAGCCUCCGGUGAGGCCUCCCACGCUCGUGAUGCCCAACGGAUUCGAUGCUACCAAUCGGUUCGAUAGCAUCUCGCAACCCGUCUUGCCACCGCCGCCGACAGUUCCGAAUGCCGCCCAAUUAGCUGCAAUGGCCAGCCACAGCGUGGCUAUAUCGCAAAAGAAAAACUUCCUGGGAGGAGGAACGGAAGGUGGUUACACCUUUUGGUAAACUCGUUCAAACACUUUUGUGAAACGCUAAGUCUAACGAAGGCGGGCGUACAUUAUCGUCGAGAAUGAUCCGUGUAGGCAAAUUUCAUUUCCGUUCGAAUUCUACUAUUUUUCACACCGGAAGCAGCUACGAGUACAUUUAAAAUAUGCGAAACGAACGGUAUCAUUUUAUCUGCUGACCGAUCACCGAGCUCGCGAUACGUAUUCGCCAAAAUGCUUUAUCCGUUUUACUUGUUCUAUCCGUAUCUAGUUUGUCUCCGCGUCGCGCGUCUACGACACGAGUUUCAGAUCCUAGAACUCGGGCGAUCGGUCGACAUAUCGAAAUAAUACCAUACCUACUAUACAUCCGUCGAAUGAGAUUCGAGUGAAACGAAUUCGGAAGGGAAGACUCGCCCCGUGCGACACCCAUCGUACGGUCGCAAAAUUUCCUACCGUAGUUCGAUCGAUCAGCAGAAGGAACGAUGAGCGAAAGAUCAUACUGAUCGAGAGAGAAAGAAAGAAAGAAAGAGAGACGCGGUUUGUCACGGGCCAACAAACGAUCAAUCGCAGAUUCGUUCGGGUCUGCUGCGUAUCAGAGAUCGAGCGACGACGAACGAAGAGCGGUUCGAUGUACUUAAAGCGAAGAGAUAAAGACGAGAGACACGAUAAUCAUGGAAGGAUCAAUUUUUUCAAGUCAUGUUGUUUCAGGCAUGUCCAACGAUGUCGCGCACGCAUAAGUGGAGGUGCGUUAAGUACUGUGAGCGCAUCAUGGUCCACUGAAUUACUGUGACUAUUGCGCGAGGUGACAGAGAGCUGUUCGAGUAGGGAGAAAUGAGUUGGACAUGCCUGUAUUACUUCGAGUACGUUCCGCUCGAUCAUAUCUCGUUCGAGUCAAAGAACGAACAUAUUCCAAGACGCAUGAGAUGUUCUAUCUUCUUCGUUCGAUGAGAAACGGUAGCGAGAGUAUGAGAUAACAACGCGAUGCUGUUGUUCUUUUUAGAGUCAGCCGGUGAAUACGUGCAUUGUCAGCGGACGAGAGUCGUCGUCGCGUCGUCUCAUUCGCCUACAGGGAUCGAUAUUCGAAGUGUGUUCUAAGCCUUUUUUUAACGCGACUUGGUUUUCUGCAAAACGAGACGAAGAGCGAAAGGGCUGCUCGCACGUUAUUCCUGUUACUUUACAUACUAUAUAUAUUUUCCUUUAUUUUCGACAUCUCUUUUUCUACCCGGAGUUGCUGCUCCACCGGUGAGAUUUCGUUUCCAGCCGAAUGAGGUGCGAAAGAAUCGUAAUGGGUGCGGCCCUAACGUUUGGAGAAAAGAAAACGAACGUGUACGCGACAGAAAUUCGAAGAAUAUCUGAGAGUCGGUCGUAUUCGUGUAGCUGCGCGUUAUACUCGAGACGAACAAUCUGAUUUUAUUUUCUUCGAUUCGGUGCAAAAUUCUUUUCUCAUGGAGAAGAGUCGAAGGUCUCUCUUUGACAUUUCCAUGUUACGGCCGACGCGUUCGAGACUCGAAAGUGCCAAACGAAAGAAUUGAAAUGUAACGUUCAUCGAGGAUUCUCACGUAUUCGACGACUUUCAAGAUACUUAUCUAUUCUGUCUAAAAGUGCGCACUCUCUUCUUUCAAAUCAUUCGAUAGUUUUUUUCUUUCGUGUUCGACGUCCCUUUCUUUUUACAUACGGAUUAGCUAGGUCGGCUAAUAAAUUUAUUGUUUAAUCGAUGAAAGGCUUGCCCACGGUGUUUAAGUUUCUCUCUACAGGUUUACUCUAACGCUUAAUUGCGCUUUGAUUGAAACGGUUCACCACGUAAUGGUCGAAUUUCUCUGUUUCUUAUUUUCUUUGUGAUGUCCACUCUUGGUGGAGACAUCUUGUUAAUUAAUAUUCCCCGUUUCUUUGUGUCGCGUGUCAAAAUUGCUAUGGGAACUUGUUUCGACCAAAGCUCGCAAAAUACGAAAUACACAGUUGUCUCGAUUUCAAAGUACAAAUUGAUUGUCCACGUGAGUAAGCAAAAGAGAGAGAAAACUCAUAACGACGCGGUCAAGCCUUGUUAUUCGCCAUGUGUACGUUAGACGACGGCAAGCAAUGCAGAACGACGCUCGUAACGCGGAGAAUCGUUGACGAACGUGUCAUACUAUUUUCGGAAGACGGUCGACGGAGAGUGAGAAUUUGGAAAAAAGAAUCGCGAUGGGAAACGGAAAGAAUAGUUGCACGGCUACGAGGACGGCUGUUUUGCUUCGCGACCAUAGACGUAUAACACGGUGGACCUGCCGAUAGGACAUAGGAUCGACGAUAUUCCAUUCUGCAGGUGCACGAAUUAAACGCGAUAUUAAUUAAGCGAUGAAGAUCGAAUAAAAUAAUUUACGAUCGACGAUAGUUUAGGAUAGGACCAAAAAAGAAAAGGAAAACACGAUUCUAUUUAGAUUUGUUUUGAGUGGAUGUUCCGACAAACUUGACCAGUACUUUGUUACGUUUCGCAUAAAAUAAACGAGCGAUUCUCGCUCGUUCAUCUUAGGAGAUGUUAUAGCAACUUGUACACGAUUUGUGAUUUCUGUUCUAUUCGUCUGUUCGAUUAGCUUUGGAAAUGGACGAUUCCAAAAAAUUUACUUUUUAAGCGAAACCCACUGGCCAAAUUUGUUGCCACAGCGCCAUAUAACUUACAUUCAUCUCGUAUCUUCGAUUCUUUUUCUACCAGAUGUAUGUAUGUACGUACGUAAUGUACCUACGGUACGGUUACUCGCAUGUUGACCAGCGUUUCGCGAAGAAAAGAACGCGUAAUCUCGAUCUUAUUAAAAAGAAAGAAAAAAGAAAAAAAAAAUAAAUAUAAAAUCUAGUCCGAAGAGUCUGACCGAUCGAGAUCCGAGACGUUGUUACAUAGACCAUUUUUCUCGAUCCGUGCAACGCCAGGUGCAGAAUAAGCAUUCGCUUAGAUGUGUACCUCCGGACAUCCGAGAAAAUUGAGAAAAACUUCCGCCUAUGGAAGGAACAGAUGACAAAACGAGAAAGAGAAACUUAUGCCAUUCCACUUAACGACAUUGAUUCGCGGUCGACGCGUUAAUGGUACGUGGUAUGAGAGCUGGACGACAGGACAUGCAUUUAGUUGUUCGAGAUACGCGUCUCUGAAAAAGAGGAGAAGAGUAUUAAAGAAAAUACCUAAAUAAAUGAAGAAAAAGAAAAGAGCGAAGAAGCGUAUCGUUAAUCGAAAUGUGAUCACUCUCGUCGAGAUUUUGCGAGUUUGCGUAUCAGCGAAGGGCUGUUUACCGCAAAGAAAAGAAGAAAAGGGCAGUUGGUUUCUACUUAGGCGACUAAUCGCGCGAUAGGUACACCGAGCCGAUCUUGGCCAUCUCACUCGGCCGAUGUAACGUCGUCGCGAUGAUCCUAUUCGGAAGAGGGAAACGGGAGAAACAGCAAAGAAACGGAAAGGCGAUACACAGACCUACUCUCUACUUUCGUAGGAACUUAUACGCGAGCGAAUCGUGUUGCGUUUAAUAGGUAUUUAUAAUUAAGUUAUUCUUAUUUAAACGAUUUAUUUCGCAGACUUCUACCAAUUUCGAACAGGAUUGUACAACGUAUUUUGACCGAUUUAUUUUGUAUCGAGCGAGAGUGGUGGAAAGGUUUUAUAUCGUGAAAAAAGUGUGCAAUAAGCGUAAUGUCUAUUGUAACGAUAAAGAAAAUGAUAUUAAUCGCAACAAAGUCGAAUUUGUUGCGUUCGAACGAAAGGAAGGAGUCGAGAGGGGAAGCAAGCGUGUAUGCGUGUGAUAGAAAGGAAGGAGAAUAAAGAGAAACAAAAGUGUACCACUGCAAUCACCGUGUACUAGUUAAUAAAUACAGUAAUCAUGAAA